CAACAGACGUGCUGCCGGCUCGGGGGGGGGCAGUUAGGCGAGCGAUAAUCACAAAAAAAUGAGCAAGAUCGUGUUCUUCGAGGAUGCAAACUACCAAGGCAGAUCUUACGAGUGCGACGCAGACAGCCCGGACCUGAGCCCCCACUUGAGGCGAUGCAACUCCAUCAAAGUGGAGCGAGGAUGCUGGGUGCUCUUCCAGCACGCCAACUACGAGGGCCACCAGUAUGUUCUGAGCCCCGGCGAAUACCCCGACCGCCACAAGUGGAUGGGAUUCAAUGACAGCAUCAAGUCAUGUCGCGCAGUCAAAAAUGUGUACGGAAAGUCCUGGAAGAUCCGCUUCUACGACGAGCAGGAUUUCGCCGGCCAGGCCGCCGAGUGCGGGGUGGACUGCCCGUCGAUCUACGAGGCUCUCCGGUUGGGCGAGGUCCGUUCCUGCGUGGUGAUGGACGGCGCGUGGGUUCUGUACGAGCAGCCCAACUACCACGGUCACCAGUACUUCCUGGAGCGCGGCGAGUACCCCAGCUACACCGACUGGGGCGCUGCCUCCCCGGCCGUGGGGUCCUUCCGCAUGAUCACUGACUUGUAGAGCAACGGCGGCCAGUCCGAAGUCCUCACGGUUCUGUAAUGAAUACAGGUUCAAAUGAUUGUAUUCCCCCCGAAUAAACACUGCUGAACUACGCAAAAAA